GGACGAAAUGGAUGGACAAUAACAAAGCAAACCAUGUGUUGAUUUACACAACGUUUGGAUCCAAUUAUUGUGAAUCAGAUUUGACUUUAAAAUCAAUUGAUUUAUUGAUUGACAACAAAAGUGACCGCAAAUCACAUCCAAUACAUCGUCAGACAGGAGACCAUCUUUGGCACCAAAAAUGACGAUCUCGAAGAAUAACAAAAUGGUUCAGUUCAUCAACUAUAGGAUGCGAGUGAGUCUUCAGGACAGCCGCACAUUCAUCGGCACAUUCAAGGCGUUUGACAAACACAUGAACUUAAUAUUAGCCGAUUGUGAAGAGUUCCGCAAAAUUAAACAAAAGGGAUCCAAAGGAGUCGAUCGCGAAGAGAAACGCAUUCUUGGAUUCGUUCUCCUCAGGGGUCAGAACAUUGUCUCACUCACUGUUGAGGGACCCCCUCCUCCAGAGUUACCGGUCUUUUCUAAACACAUCAACACAUCUAUCCUUUGA